CAAGUACUACAUACUACAUAGUUUGAGUUGCUCAUUUUUUCUUGUAAUAGAUUCUAAUGAGAUAGAGACAUCAUCAUCCAUUAGACAUAAGAGUUUAACAUCAGAGAAAUAAGAAAAAGAAAAUGCAUGCAAAGACAGACUCAGAGGUAACAAGCCUUUCUGCAUCAUCACCGACAAGAUCACCUCCUCGCCGUCCUAUCUACUAUGUUCAGAGUCCUUCAAGGGACUCUCACGACGGCGAGAAAACCGCCACCACAUCGUUCCACUCAACCCCUGUCCUCAGCCCUGUCGCCUCACCUCCACACUCACGCCACUCCUCCUCCUCCACCCGCUUCUCCGCCCCUCAACGCAAGAAGGACAACCACAACAAGCCAUGGAAGCAAAUCGAUGUCAUCGAGGAAGAAGGCCUUCUCCACGGGGAAGAUCUCCACAAAACCCUCCCUCGUCGAUGUUACGUCCUCGCUUUCGUUCUUGGCUUCCUUGUUCUCUUCUCUUUCUUCUCCCUCAUCCUCUGGGGUGCCAGCAGACCCAUGAAACCCCAGAUUUCCGUCAAGAGUAUAAAGUUUGAUGUUGUUAGGGUCCAAGCUGGUUCAGAUGCCACUGGGGUGGCCACUGAUAUGAUAACUGUGAAUUCUACUUUGAAAUUCACAUACCGCAACACUGGAACGUUCUUUGGGGUCCAUGCUUCAGCAACACCCUUUGAUUUGUCCUAUUCAGAAAUCGUGAUUGCUUCAGGGAGUAUGAAGGAGUUUUAUCAGUCUAGGAAGAGUCAAAGGUUGGUGAAUGUGGCGGUUAUGGGUAACAAGAUCCCUCUAUAUGGAAGUGGUGCUAGCCUCAGCAGCACAACGGGUGUGCCCACAGUGCCAGUGCCUUUGAACCUCAACUUUGUGCUCCGAUCCAGAGCUUAUGUCCUUGGGAAAUUGGUGAAACCAAAGUACUCCAAGAGGAUUAAAUGUUCCAUCAUUUUAGAUCCCAAGAAGCUCAGUGCUCCAAUUCCCCUCAAGAAUUCUUGCACAUAUGAUUGAUACAUGUGACAGAGAAUAAGGGAAAGCACAUGUAGAAGAAUAUUUUUAUUUGAAAUGAGGAAAGAAAUGGGGAUUACAGCUAUGAGAAAAGGAAUGUAUGUAUGACGCGUUUUUUGGGAUUUUUUGGUUGUCAAAGUGUCCCAAAGUGCAUAAGACAAGGUACAUGUUAGGUUCGGUAGAGAGAAAUGGGACUUGUCGGGUGAUCAUUUCGUGAAGAGUUUUUUCGUAUUAAUUAUUUGUCUGGUUUUAAUUUAUUUAAUUGGUAACGUGAGAAGUAACUGUCAUUUAUUGAAUCUCAAUGUGGUAAAACUUGUAAUUGUAUUUAUUUUUAAUGUAUUUAUAGUGUAAU